UACUAAGCAAGAUGGCGACCCUGGACGAUGCUAUUUGUAAUGUGCAACAACUUCAAACCAUUUCCCUUCCCGACGAACAGCCACAAAUAGAAGCACCUCCGGCUUCUGUCACUUACAUUUCCAACUUUGAUACCAACUUCGAGGACAGCAAAGCGUUCAUCACAUGUAUCAGCAAGUAUCUGGAAGAGGCGGAUGUACACAAAGGCUUGAAUGAAAUGCUUGAAGAGGGUGGACGGUAUGCUGUGAUGUUGUACACUUGGAGGAGUUGUUCACGAGCUGUUCCUUCCGUUAAAAGUGAUGACCAACCAAACAGAAUUGAAAUUUAUGAGAAGACAGUUGAAGUUCUAGAACCUGAGAUACGCAAACUUAAGGGCUUCAUGCACUUUGCUAAAGAUGCUGUUGCUAGAUUCUGCAAGGAGGUGAAGACCCUGAGUCACCCAGAGAGGAGGAAGGAUUUUAUAUCUGAGAGAUAUCUGUUGACCCUUGGAAAAUUUGUCAACAUGUUUGCAGUCCUGGAUGCCUUGAAGAAUAUGAAGGCAUGUCUGAACAACGACUAUGCAUUUUUUAAAAGAGCCGACACCUUCCUACGUCGAGGAACUGGUGAUGUAUCAAUGAUUGAAGAAUCACAGAAUCUUUCACUGUUUUUGGCUAAUCAACACAAGAUCACACACAUGCUUAAAGAUGACCUGGUGAAAAUUCCAGGAUAUGAAGAUGUUUUGGCUGAUGUGUUGAACCUAUGUGUCAAACUGUACGAAGGCCAUAUGUACAUAACACCAAAUGAUAAAUAUAUUCUUUUAAAGGUUAUGGGAUUUAUGAUUUUUCUGAUGGAUGUUAAGGACGGUAAGGAAGUUAAGGACAAUACUAGUGUGCUAAAGAUGGAUCAGAAGAAAAGGAUCAGCAUCAGUAAGAUCGACAAGAUCUUUAAGCAAUUUCCAGUGGUACCUCUGUUUGGAGAUGUCCAAGUUGCUCUUGUGACCUACUUGAAAAUGUGCCCAAACUUUGACACAAUGAGAGAGAAAUGGACUUCAGCUGCAGAAGGUGCUGAUGAAAAAGUUGUUGGACAGUACAAUCUCCUUGGAAAUAUGGACAGCAUCAGGGAGGAGCAUGUGAAGUUUAUCAGUGAACUUGCUCGCUAUAAUAAUGAAAUGAUCACCUCUAGCGCUAAUCCAAGAAGUGAUGCACAGUGCAAGGAGCUGACAAAUCUGGCUCUCAGAGGAUUAAGGUUACUGUCCUCAUGGACUGCCCAAGUGAUGGAACUGUACUCUUGGAAACUUCUACAUCCUACAGACAGGUAUGGCAAUCCUCAAUGUCCUGAUGAUGCUGAAGAAUAUGAAAGAGCUACAAGGUACAACUACAACAGCGAAGAAAAGUUUUCACUUGUUGAGGUGAUUGCCAUGAUCAAAGGUCUUUAUGGUCAGAUAGUGCGACUUGAACCAAUGUUUUCAGAAGUGAUCAAACAUUCCGUACAUACAGAAGUGCAGCAGUUUAUUCAAGUGAACCUGCGAGAGCCACUGAGAAAAGCUGUCAAGAGCAAAAAGGCUACUCUUCUGAAAACAAUUCUAUUGUCCAUUCGGGAGACCGGGGGAGACUGGGCCGAUGGGCAGCAUGGAAGAGGGGACCCUAUUCUGAAGGGAGAAAAGGACCCUAAAGCAGGGCCCACCAUUAAGAUACCAGAAAGGGGCGUGGGACCCUCUAGUACACAGUUGUACAUGGUCCGCACCAUGCUGGAAUCCUUAAUUUCUGAGAAAGGAGGCAAAAAGGUCAUGCGCAAAGAACUGGAGAAAGAAUCAGUGGAGCAGAUUGAAGAGUUCUUGAAGAAGUCUUUCUUCUUUGAACAAAUGCUUCGUUUUAAUGAAGUUUUGAGGGAGUGCUGUGACCUUUCUCAACUGUGGUUCAGAGAAUUUUAUCUGGAGUUGACAAUGGGUGCCAGAAUUCAGUUUCCAAUUGAGAUGUCGAUGCCAUGGAUCUUGACAAAUCACAUUCUAGAGAGCAAAAAUCCAAGCAUGAUGGAGUAUGUGUUGUACCCGCUGGAUCUUUAUAACGACAGCGCUCAUUACGCCAUGACUGUAUUUAAAAAGCAGUAUCUGUAUGAUGAAAUUGAGGCAGAGGUGAACCUGUGCUUUGACCAGUUUGUGUACAAACUAAGCGAUCAGAUAUUUUCCUACUACAAGGCACAGGCCUGCAGUAUGUUACUGGACAAGAAGUUCAAAUCGGAGCUGGUCCGUUUGAAUGCUGAGGCAGCUGCGAAACUGGGGACCCGAUCCAACAGAUAUGAGACUCUUCUUAGACAGAGGCAUGUACAGCUUCUAGGCCGGUCAAUCGACCUGAACAAGCUCAUCACGCAGCGUCUGAACACCGCCAUGAUAAAGUCUUUGGACUGUGCAAUCGCGCGGUUCGAGAGUGGAGAUAUCUGUGGUGUUGUGGACUUGGAGAACCUUAUUGAAGUGAACCGAAUGACGCAUCAGUUGUUGUCCAAGUGCGUAAAGCUGAUUCCGUUUAAGAACAUGUUGGGUGAGGCCAACCAUUCGGUGUCUGCGCCUUAUGGAAGGAUCACCCUUCAUGUGUUCUGGGAACUCAACUUCGAUUUUCUUCCAAACUACUGCUAUAACUCGUCCACAAACAGAUUUGUCCCCACGUCGCUUUCUUUGGUGGAAAAGGUUUCCAGAGAACAAGCUCCAAAACAAGCACAUCAUUACUUCUUUGGCACUAAGCUUCAAAACUCAGUUUUCAAUGCCAUUGGAUCACUGUACAGCAACUUUGUCGGAGAUAUUCAUUUUGCUUGCAUGUCUCGCUUGCUUGGUUAUCAAGGAAUUGCUGUUGUGAUCGAGGAACUUCUUAAGAUUAUCAAGAGUGUGCUUCAAGGUCAACUUCAGCUGUACAUAGCACAGCUCAUCGAAGGGAUGCCAAAGAAAUGUGGCCUUCCUCGCUUUGAGUACGGAUCAACAGGUGUUCUGGAAUACUAUCAUGCUAGCCUGGAACCGAUCAUGCAGUACCCAUACUUGAGGACAGAUGUGUUCCAGGGAUUCAGAGAGAUCGGCAAUGCCAUACUGUUCUGUGUACAACUUGAGGGCUUCCUUUCUCAAGAAGAGAUUAUUGAUCUGUUACACGCAGCUCCAUUCCAAGGAAUUAUCCCCAGGCCUUAUCUGAAAGAUGGUGAAAAACUCCAGGUCAAAAUGGAGAAACUCGAAAAACAGUACAACUCUUUGCAAGUGUUGUCAACCAUCACCAAGCUUGGAACCAAAGAGCAAAUAGUCAACGCUAAAGAAGGCGACGUGUUGACGAAAGAAAGACUUUGCUGUGGACUUUCCAUCUUUGAAGUGGUGUUGAAAAGGAUAAAAAAGUUCCUGGUUCAUGAAAUAUGGCAAGAGAUACCACCAUCCAAUGGAGUGAUGAACAUUGACGAGUGUAGAGAGUUUCACCGUCUGUGGAGUGCCAUCCAGUUCAACUACUGCCAGCCGCUGCGGCAAAAUGAACUCACUGUCGAGCAGUGCUUUGGUGAAGGCCUCAACUGGGCCGGAUGUACCUUCAUUGCUCUGCUAGGACAAGAAAAUCGUUUUGAAGCGUUGGAUUUCUGUUAUCAUAUCGUCAAAGUUUACGAGGUGGAUUCUCGGGACGAAGUGAUUGGAGGCGUGGAUCUCAAGCGGCUUGUUAGCCGAGCACGUCACUUCAAAGUACUAAACGACCAGAUAUUCGCGGUACUCAACAAGCACCUCAAGUCCUCAGACGGUCCUGUUGAACAUGUCCGCUGCUUUCAGCCGCCAAUUCAUCAGGCUUUUGUUUCACCGAUAUGAUCUGAAUUUGCUACUGGAUCCAUUUUGAAAUGUUAAGCGGUGUACAACAUUUAAUUAAUGCAGAGAUAAGGUUCAGCUACUCAGAGAGGGAUAUUUUUUCUCCUAUUUUGUAAUUGAAAGUAAGGUUUAGAAAGAAUUUUGAAUUUUCUAACCGCCCUAACUUUCGGCAAUUCGUAAUUUUUCGUGCCUGUACACGUGGUAGGCAGUUGUCGUCUUCACGUGUGGCAUUGAUGCCUCAAAGAAAUCCUGAACGUUAGCAUAUCGGGGUAUUCCGUGUCCGUGAAGAGGUUACUUUUCAAAGGCUUUCAGUUAGGGGCUUGCGUGAGGACAAUGGGAUAGGACUUAACAUUUGUACUAGAUCGUGCAUGUUUGUCUACUUGUAUGGUAACCACAAUUUUAAAACCUUUUCCUUUAAGAAAAGUGUCCAUUCAGUAAUGCUUGGUGUAGCGCUAUUAGAAGGCAAGUUUCAAAGAAUUUAGCAAUUAAGAGAAAAGAUGCCAUUUUGGUUUUUACUGUUUGGCGUUGUGGACUGCCCAUAAAAAUUAUCUAACGUUGUUAGUAAUAUUGUUGGAAUGUAAAUAAAAUUACAUAGUUUUUUUUAUAUAUAUGCUCUUUAUAAUAAAAACGAGAGAUUAUCAUU